CGAGGGGAGCGGGCCGGCAGCGCCGCGGCGCGCGCGAUGAUGGCGGCGGCGGCCGCGGCCCGGGGAGGCGGAGGUGGCGCCGGCGGCGGCUCGGGCUCCGGCUCCGGCUCGGGCUCCGGCUCCAGCGCCUCGCGGGGUUUCUAUUUCAAUACUGUGCUGUCACUGGCGCGCUCCCUGGCGGUGCAGAGACCGGCAUCCUUGGAGAAGGUCCAAAAGCUGCUUUGCAUGUGCCCAGUAGACUUCCAUGGAAUCUUCCAGCUGGAUGAAAGACGGAGAGAUGCAGUGAUUGCACUGGGCAUUUUUCUCAUCGAGUCUGAUCUUCAGCACAAAGAUUGUGUGGUACCUUACCUUCUUCGGCUUCUCAAAGGUCUUCCAAAAGUGUAUUGGGUAGAAGAAAGCACAGCUCGGAAAGGCAGAGGUGCCCUCCCGGUUGCAGAGAGCUUCAGCUUUUGCCUGGUGACUUUGCUGUCUGAUGUGGCUUAUAGGGACCCUUGUCUUAGAGAUGAGAUUUUGGAGGCACUUUUACAGGUUUUACAUGUUCUUUUGGGAAUGUGCCAGGCCUUGGAGAUUCAAGAAAAAGAAUACCUUUGCAAGUAUGCAAUACCCUGCCUGAUAGGAAUCUCACGAGCGUUUGGACGCUACAGCAACACGGACGAGUCUCUCCUCUCAAAGCUCUUUCCCAAAGUCCCUCCUCACUCCCUCCGUGUCCCAGAAGAGCUCGAAGGUGUCCGGAGGCGUUCCUUCAAUGACUUCCGCUCCAUCCUCCCCAGCAAUCUGCUGACUGUCUGUCAGGAGGGAACCCUGAAGAGAAAAACCAGCAGUGUGUCUAGCAUCUCCCAGGUCAGCCCCGAGCGUGGCAUGCCCCCUCCCGGCUCGCCUGGAGGAUCCGCCUUUCACUACUUUGAAGCCUCUUGCUUGCCUGACGGGACUGCCCUGGAGCCCGAGUACUACUUCUCCACCAUCAGUUCCAGUUUCUCAGUCCCUCCCCUGUUCAACGGCAUCACCUAUAAGGAGUUCAGUAUUCCACUAGAAAUGCUGCGGGAGCUCUUAAACUUGGUGAAGAAGAUUGUCGAGGAACCUGUUCUCAAAUCCCUGGAUGCAGUUGUGACCUGCGUGAUGGAGGCCAACCCCAGCGCUGAUCUCUACUACACCAGCUUCAGCGACCCCCUCUACCUGACCAUGUUCAAGAUGCUGCGCGACACUCUGUACUACAUGAAGGACCUCCCGACCUCCUUUGUGAAGGAGGUGCAUGACUUUGUGCUGGAGCAGUUCAACACAAGCCAAGGAGAGCUGCAGAAGAUUCUCCACGACGCAGACCGGAUCCACAAUGAGCUGAGCCCCCUCAAACUGCGCUGCCAGGCAAACGCCGCCUGCGUGGACCUCAUGGUGUGGGCUGUGAAGGACGAGCAGGGCGCAGAAAAUCUUUGCAUCAAGCUGUCUGAGAAGCUGCAGUCCAAGACCUCCAGCAAAGUCAUCAUUGCCCAUUUGCCCUUGCUCAUCUGCUGUCUGCAGGGUUUGGGCCGUCUGUGUGAGAGGUUCCCGGUGGUGGUACACUCGGUGACACCGUCAUUGCGAGACUUCCUGGUCAUCCCAUCCCCAGUGCUGGUGAAGCUGUACAAGUACCACAGUCAGUACCACACAGUUGCUGGCAAUGAUAUAAAAAUCAGUGUCACCAAUGAGCAUUCCGAGCCGACCCUGAAUGUCAUGUCGGGCAAGAAGAACCAGCCCUCCAUGUACGAGCAGCUCCGGGACAUCGCCAUCGACAACAUCUGCAGGUGCCUGAAGGCCGGCCUGACAGUGGACUCUGUGAUCGUGGAAGCCUUCCUGGCCAGCCUCUCCAACCGGCUCUACAUUUCCCAAGAGAGUGACAAGGAUGCUCACCUGAUUCCCGACCACACCAUCCGAGCCCUGGGACACAUUGCCGUGGCCCUGAGGGACACCCCGAAGGUCAUGGAGCCAAUUCUGCAGAUCUUGCAGCAGAAAUUCUGCCAGCCGCCUUCACCCCUCGAUGUGCUCAUCAUCGACCAGCUGGGCUGCCUGGUCAUCACCGGGAAUCAAUACAUUUAUCAGGAAGUGUGGAACCUCUUCCAGCAGAUCAGCGUGAAGGCCAGCUCCGUCGUGUACUCGGCCACCAAAGAUUACAAAGACCACGGCUACAGGCACUGCUCCCUGGCGGUGAUUAAUGCCCUGGCCAACAUCGCAGCCAACAUCCAGGAGGAGCACCUUGUGGAUGAGCUGCUCAUGAACCUACUGGAAUUGUUCGUGCAGCUGGGGCUGGAAGGGAAGCGAGCCAGUGAGCGGGCGAGUGAGAAGGGGCCGGCCCUGAAGGCUUCUAGCAGUGCGGGAAACUUGGGAGUGCUCAUUCCUGUAAUAGCUGUGCUUACUCGACGAUUGCCGCCCAUCAAGGAAGCCAAACCUCGGUUACAGAAGCUCUUCCGGGACUUCUGGCUCUACUCCGUCCUGAUGGGGUUUGCUGUGGAAGGGUCAGGACUCUGGCCAGAAGAGUGGUACGAGGGCGUCUGUGAGAUAGCCACCAAGUCCCCCCUGCUCACCUUCCCCAGCAAGGAGCCGCUGCGGUCUGUGCUGCAGUACAACUCAGCCAUGAAGAACGACACGGUCACCCCCGCUGAGCUGAGCGAGCUCCGCAGCACCAUCAUCAACCUGCUGGACCCUGCUCCUGAAGUGUCCGCCCUCAUCAGCAAGCUGGACUUCGCCAUGUCCACCUAUCUCCUGUCUGUGUACCGGCUGGAGUACAUGAGGGUACUGCGUUCAACAGAUCCUGACCGCUUCCAGGUAAUGUUCUGCUACUUUGAGGAUAAAGCUAUUCAGAAAGACAAAUCGGGCAUGAUGCAGUGCGUGAUUGCUGUGGCAGACAAAGUAUUUGAUGCCUUCCUGAACAUGAUGGCGGACAAAGCAAAGACCAAGGAGAAUGAGGAGGAGCUGGAGCGGCACGCGCAGUUCCUGCUGGUGAACUUCAACCACAUUCACAAGAGGAUCCGGAGGGUGGCGGACAAGUACCUGUCUGGCCUGGUGGAUAAGUUUCCCCACCUGCUGUGGAGCGGGACUGUCCUGAAGGCCAUGCUGGACAUCCUGCAGACGCUGUCGCUGUCGCUGAGCGCCGACAUUCACAAGGACCAGCCUUACUAUGACAUCCCCGACGCCCCCUAUCGGAUCACCGUUCCCGACACAUGUGAAGCCCGAGAGAGCAUUGUGAAGGACUUCGCUGCGCGCUGUGGAAUGAUCCUGCAGGAGGCCAUGAAGUGGGCGCCCACAGUCACCAAGUCCCACCUGCAGGAAUAUCUGAACAAACAUCAGAACUGGGUGUCAGGCCUGUCUCAGCACACAGGGCUGGCCAUGGCCACUGAGAGCAUCCUACACUUUGCUGGCUACAACAAACAGAACACGACUCUCGGGGCCACUCAGCUAACAGAGCGCCCAGCCUGCGUGAAGAAAGAUUACUCCAACUUCAUGGCAUCCCUGAAUUUGCGCAACCGCUACGCAGGCGAGGUGUACGGAAUGAUCCGUUUCUCGGGUGCCACAGGCCAGAGGUCCGACCUGAACAAGAUGCUGGUCCAGGAUCUGAAUUCGGCUCUGGAGCUCAGCAGCCCGCAGCAGUACACGCAGGCCAUGUUCAAGCUGACCGCCAUGCUCAUCAGCUGCAAAGAUUGUGACCCACAGCUCCUGCAUCAUCUGUGUUGGGGCCCCCUGCGCAUGUUCAACGAGCACGGCAUGGAGACUGCCCUGGCCUGCUGGGAGUGGCUGUUGGCCGGCAAGAAUGGAGUGGAAGUGCCGUUCAUGCGGGAGAUGGCUGGGGCCUGGCAUAUGACCGUGGAGCAGAAGUUCGGCCUGUUCUCUGCUGAGAUAAAGGAGGCAGAUCCCCUGGCAGCCUCGGAAACCAGCCAGCCAAGACCCUGUCCUCCGGAAGUGACCCCCCACUACAUCUGGAUCGAUUUCCUGGUGCAGCGGUUUGAGAUUGCCAAGUACUGCAGCUCUGACCAGGUGGAGAUCUUCUCCAGCCUGCUGCAGCGCUCGCUGUCCCUGAACAUCGGCGGGGCCAAGGGCAGCAUGAACCGGCACGUGGCAGCCAUCGGACCACGCUUCAAGCUGCUGACCCUGGGGCUGUCGCUGCUGCAUGCCGAUGUGGUUCCGAAUGCCACCAUCCGCAACGUGCUUCGUGAGAAGAUCUACUCCACUGCCUUUGACUACUUCAGUUGUCCCCCAAAGUUUCCUACUCAAGGAGAAAAGCGGCUGCGAGAAGACAUCAGCAUAAUGAUUAAGUUUUGGACCGCCAUGUUCUCAGAUAAGAAGUACUUGACCGCCAGCCAGCUCGUCCCCCCAGAUAACCAGGACACCCGGAGCAACCUGGACAUAACUGUGGGCUCCCGGCAACAAGCCACGCAAGGCUGGAUCAACACCUACCCCCUGUCCAGCGGCAUGUCGACCAUCUCCAAGAAGUCAGGCAUGUCUAAGAAAACCAACCGGGGCUCCCAGCUGCACAAGUACUACAUGAAGCGCAGGACGCUGCUGCUCUCCCUGCUGGCCACCGAGAUUGAGCGUCUCAUCACAUGGUACAAUCCACUGUCGGCCCCGGAGCUGGAGCUGGACCAGGCCGGAGAGAACAGCGUGGCCAACUGGAGGUCCAAGUACAUCAGCCUGAGCGAGAAGCAGUGGAAGGACAAUGUGAACCUCGCCUGGAGCAUUUCUCCUUACCUGGCCGUGCAGCUGCCAGCCAGGUUUAAGAACACGGAAGCCAUCGGGAACGAAGUGACCCGUCUGGUUCGGUUGGACCCAGGAGCUGUUAGCGAUGUCCCUGAAGCUAUCAAGUUCCUCGUCACCUGGCACACCAUCGACGCCGAUGCUCCUGAGCUCAGCCACGUGCUGUGUUGGGCACCCACGGACCCGCCCACAGGCCUCUCCUACUUCUCCAGCAUGUACCCCCCACACCCUCUCACAGCGCAGUAUGGGGUGAAAGUCCUGCGGUCCUUCCCCCCGGACGCCAUCUUGUUCUACAUCCCCCAGAUCGUGCAGGCCCUCAGGUAUGACAAGAUGGGCUACGUGCGCGAGUAUAUCCUAUGGGCAGCAUCCAAAUCCCAGCUGCUGGCACACCAGUUUAUCUGGAACAUGAAGACUAACAUCUACCUCGACGAAGAAGGGCACCAAAAAGACCCUGACAUCGGCGACCUCCUGGAGCAGCUAGUGGAGGAGAUCACAGGCUCCCUGUCGGGUCCAGCCAAGGAUUUCUACCAGCGGGAGUUUGAUUUCUUUAACAAGAUCACCAACGUGUCGGCCAUCAUCAAACCCUACCCUAAAGGUGAUGAGAGGAAGAAGGCUUGUCUGUCAGCCCUGUCUGAAGUGAAGGUGCAACCAGGCUGCUACCUGCCCAGUAACCCGGAGGCCAUUGUUCUAGACAUUGACUACAAGUCGGGGACACCGAUGCAGAGUGCUGCGAAAGCCCCGUACCUGGCCAAAUUCAAGGUGAAGCGAUGUGGAGUUAGCGAGCUGGAGAAGGAAGGUCUACGGUGUCGCUCCGACUCCGAGGAAGAAGGCUGCGAGCAGGAGGCCGACGGCCAGAAGAUCUGCUGGCAGGCAGCCAUCUUCAAAGUGGGAGACGACUGUCGGCAGGACAUGCUGGCGCUGCAGAUCAUCGACCUGUUCAAGAACAUCUUCCAGCUCGUCGGCCUGGACCUCUUCGUUUUUCCCUACCGGGUGGUGGCCACCGCCCCUGGGUGUGGCGUGAUCGAGUGCAUCCCCGACUGCACGUCCCGAGACCAGCUGGGCCGCCAGACGGACUUCGGCAUGUACGACUACUUCACGCGCCAGUACGGGGACGAGUCCACGCUGGCCUUCCAGCAGGCGCGCUACAACUUUAUCCGAAGCAUGGCCGCCUACAGCCUGCUGCUGUUCCUGCUGCAGAUCAAGGACAGGCACAACGGCAACAUCAUGCUGGACAAGAAGGGCCACAUCAUCCACAUCGACUUCGGCUUCAUGUUUGAAAGCUCGCCAGGCGGCAACCUGGGCUGGGAGCCAGACAUCAAGCUCACGGACGAGAUGGUGAUGAUCAUGGGGGGCAAGAUGGAGGCCACGCCCUUCAAGUGGUUCAUGGAGAUGUGCGUCCGUGGCUACCUGGCUGUGCGGCCCUACAUGGAUGCAGUCGUCUCCCUGGUCACUCUCAUGUUGGACACGGGCCUGCCCUGUUUCCGCGGCCAGACAAUCAAGCUCUUGAAGCACAGGUUUAGCCCCAACAUGACGGAGCGGGAGGCUGCGAACUUCAUCCUGAAGGUCAUCCAGAGCUGCUUCCUCAGCAACAGGAGCCGGACCUACGACAUGAUCCAGUACUAUCAGAACGACAUCCCCUACUGACGGGGCCGUGCAGCCCCGGCCAGAAGCUGCCCUGCAAUCAUGGAGCCAAGAGCCUGCCUCCACUCGGCCCAGCUGUCCCUCCAGGUGGCACCCCCAGCCCGCCCUGCGGUCAGAGCGGCUGAACGGCCGGGGGCGUGUCACAGGAGAGCUAGCUGCGGCCAGGCCUCUGCCAGCACCGCCGCGGCGACAAUCGGAUGGGUGCUGUCUGCGCAGUUGUGACCCUUCCUUUGCACUGGACACAUUCCCUCUAUUUCACUGGCACCCACGGGCAGGGCCAGGGGUGGGGAGGCUGAGGGAGUUGCCUCCACCUCGAGCUUCGUGGAGGGAGACUGUGUGGGCUGGUUCGAGUCCCAGGUCUUCCCAGCCAGCCUGCGUGUGGUCAUGAAGCGCACACACAGCACUCCACACACUAGAGGCUGACUCCCCCACUUCCUGUCCUCUCCUGCUCACAGUGUCCCUGUCCUGGGGCUGCAGGCUCCCCUUUUCAAAGAGACCUUGACCAUGUGCACCUCUGUAAAAACCCCUGCCACUCAGGGGCACAUCUGGGGUUCUGCCAGCACCCCCAGGGCACCUGGGACCCCCACCCAGCACCAGUACCCCCCAGGGGCUCCCAGCCCCCUCUUGACAGGAGCUCCAAGCUCUCCCAUGACUGGCGUUUCCCAAGAGUCAAUUAAGACCUCUGGAGUUGAUUAGGUUCUGACAUUGAUGCAACCCAGAAUUAGCAAAAGGAGAAAAAAUAUGUUCUGAUUAGUCCUCCACCUAAUUCUGUCCAAUUAUUCUAAGUUCACACCUGCAGGGAGUGGACUAUGAAUAUUUAUUUAUAUCCCGGUUUUUUCAUCAACUUUGUGAAUCUAAUUAACUUGCUGCCAUGAGAACCUGGCUGUGGCUGUGGCUGUGCUAAGCUGGGGCUGGGGCUAGGGCAGGCUGAGCUGGGCGGGGCGGGGCGGGGUUGGGGCGGGGUUGGGGCUGAGGCUGGGGCAGGCUAAGCUGGGCUGGGGCUGGGGCUAGUCUGGGCUGAGCUAGGCUGGGCUAGGGUGGGGGCUGGGGCCGGGCCAGGGCUGGGCUGGGAUGCACUGAGCCAGGCCAGCCAAGGCCAGGCCAGGGGGCUUGGCCUGGGAGUGCCGGGGACCUUCCCUCCAUCCCCAGCAAGAAAUGCUAGGGUGUCCACAGCACCCGGUUUGGGCUCAGCCUUGCGCCUGUCUCGGCCUCCUUCUCUUCAUCCCGUGGGGGCGGGAGAAAGGAGAGGAAGGAGCAGCAGAUCAGGGUUCCGAGGGGGAAACCCCAGCAGGGCUGCUGCCCCAGCGCUGACCAUCCAGGGGCUGCCACCAUGGACAGCGGAUCCGGGAGGCACUGCCUGGUCUUCGACUGCUCUGCUUGGUCAUCCAGGGCUAGGAGCCACCCCCUCCCCUGCACACCUGUCGCUGAGGCCACACAUCCCCAGGCAGUGAAGAAGCCCGCGUGUGGUUUGAGGCCCAGGCCAGAGCUCAGGGCUCGGGAAACCUUUGUGGUUUGAUGUGACUGGAAAGGCUGAGCUGGACACAGGACACAGGGACAUGGACAGGGGCCACGGGGAUGGGGUCUUCAGGAUGAGGACAGGGCUGUUUUGCAUAGAGCUGUCACAGCAGUAUGGGGGUGUGUGGCAGGAUCCUGGCAGACCCCAGAGUUUGGGGGAAGCUGGGACCAGCAUGGGGACACUCUGAUGACUCAGCUGCCAGCCGUGUUCAGGGACCCUGACCAGAGAGGUGACGCCCACUGUAAAGAUGCAGGUCCCCCACAGCCCAGCCCCAUUCUGUCCUGAACCCCAAGUUAGCAGACAGCAAGGGGCACAGGCACUGUGUUUUGAGUCAGCGAGGGCUGCAGGAGAGAUGGUCUUGGGGCUCAUGGGCCCUGACCCACAUGCCUCCCAGCAGUGUUCCUGUUUGGGGGUGAGCUUACUGAGUAGGGGUCAGUAGUAGGUUGUUUGCUCCCAGUCCCUGCUGCCCCAGGCCUGCGAUGGACAAGACCUGGAGACCCCCCACCCCUCGGGGUGGCUGGGAAGCAGGCACUGGGUGGGGGAGCAGCAGCACGGAGUGGGGGCAGGGAACUUUAUGUCCUGCCUGGGGUCUGCUAAAAAAAUUUUUAAAUAUCUUGAAAUAAAUCUAACCAAGGGUAUCAAAGAUCUCUACAAUGAAAUUACCACAUAUUAAAAGAAACAGAAGACAAUAAAAAGAGGAAACAUCUUCCAUGUUCAUGGAUUGGAAGAAUCAAUAUCUUCAAAAUGUCUGUACUACCUAAAGUGAUUUAUAGAUUCAAUGUGAUACCAAUCAAAAUAUCAACAACAUUCUUCUCAGAUCUAGAAAAAAUGGUGCUAAAAUUCAUAUGGAAACAGAAGAGACCCUGAAUAGCUAAAGCAAUCUUAAGCAACAAAAACAAAGCUGGAGGAACCAAAAUACCAGACCUCAAAACAUACUACAUGGCAGUUAUAAACAAAACAACCUGGUACUGGCACAAAAACAGAUGUGUAGACCAAUGUAGCAGAAGUAAAAACUCCAGAAAUUACUACAUGCAGUACAUACAGCCACUGUAUCUUUGACAAAGGUGCAAAAAACAACCUCUGGAGCAGAUAAGUCUCUUUAACAAAUGCUGCUGGAAAAACUGGUUCUCUGCAUGCAGAAAUAUGAAACAAGACCCCUACCUUACACCUUACACAAAAAUCCAUUCAAAAUGGAUCACAGACCUAAAUAUACACCAUGACACCAUCAAAUUACUAGAGAACUUCGGGGAAACCCUACAAGACAUUGGCAUAUGUUGAUCAAAUAAACAUUUAUUCUUCUUUGA